AUGCCCAUAUAUUAGAAAAUUUCAUCGUUAUCCGAAGACAUUCAGAAAAAUAUCUAUUCCAUGAAUCUUCGAUUCAAAAUCCCUUCCUGCUCAGAUUCCGAAGUCUAAACUGUUUUAACUAACCAGUUCUGUUUCUUCCACGAAUCUCCAAUCUAAUUACACUAUCACUUAGUUUUCCCCUUUUUCUAGGGUUUCAUUUUUCAACUUAUGCCUUCCACCAUUAAUGAACUAAUUGUAACUCGGAGCUUAGAAAAAUCUGUACAACUGAAGGUUUGCGACAUUACUCCACAACUUGUAGCGAUGCCGGAUAAAUUAUCUUCGGAAUGUAUCGGUCCGAAUCGUUUGAUUAAGCGGCAAGAAUUUGUAAGACUUAUUAUUCAAUCUCUUUAUUCAUUAGGUUAUAAAAAAUCUGCAUCACUCUUAGAAUCCGAAUCAGGAAUUAGUUGUAAAUCAUCUGAAUUUAAAUUACUUGAAUCGCAAAUUCAGAAUUUUAAUUGGGAUGAAUGUAUUAAGACAGUUACGGAAAUUGAGAAAUUGAAUGAAGAAACCAGAAAUGGAGUUUUGUUUCUUAUUUACAGACAAAUCAUUUUGGAGAUUUUAACAAAUGGGGAUGAUUUUUCGUCUGCAUUGAAAGUAUUGCGGAAACGCGUUUCGGGUUUAGGUGUGGACGGUGAGAAAAUUCAUAAUCUUGCUUGUGGAAUCAUUUCAACCAAGGAAAUGGAGGUGGGUAAGUUAGAUGAUAGUUGUGGUUUGCGAGGGAAUUUAUUGAUUGAGUUAGAGAGGUUACUUCCACCGCCAAUUACAUUGCCAGAGAGAAGGUUGGAACAUCUUGUGGAGUUGGCUGUCACUGCGCAGUGGGAUUCUUGUAUUUACCAUAACUCAAAUGAGGUAAUUUCGUUAUACGAGGAUCAUUGUUGUAGCCGCGAUCAGAUUCCCAACGAAACCGUUCAGAUUUUAAACAACCACGAGAACGAAGUUUGGUUUGUACAAUUCUCAAAUAAUGGGGAUUACUUGGCAUCCUCAUCCAGUGACUGCACAGCCAUUAUAUGGAAGGUAUCAGAAGAAGGCAUCCUAUCUCUGAAGCACAGUCUACGUAGCCACCAAAAUCCUGUUUCCUUUGUGUCAUGGAGUCCUGAUGACAAGAUGUUGCUUACAUGUGGAAAUGAAGAAGUCUUGAAGCUCUGGGAUGUGGAUACAGGAAUAUGCAAGCACACAUUUGGUGAUCUGAUCCCCAUUGUGAGUUCAUGUGCUUGGUUCCCUGACUCAAAGCGUCUGGUUUGUGCCAGCUCUGACCCAAAAAAGUGUAUCUACAUGUGGGAUCUUGAAGGAAAUGAAUUGGAAGCAUGGAGAGGUGUGAGAAUGCCAAAGGUCACAGACCUGGCCGUCACACCAGAUGGAGAACACCUAAUUAGUGUCUGUUUUGAGAAAAAUAUAAGAAUAUUUAAUUUUCGAACAAAGACCGAACGAAUCAUCAAGGAGGAGCAUGUAAUUACGUCGCUUUCUGUUUCUAGGGAUAGUGAGUUUUUUAUCAUCAACCUUAACAGCCAAGAGAUUCACAUGCAUGACAUUGCUGGAAACUGGAAGACGCCUUUGAAAUAUAUGGGCCACAAGCAAGGAAAAUAUGUGAUAAGAUCAUGUUUUGGUGGUGCUAACAAUAUGUUCAUUGCCAGCGGCAGCGAGGAUUCAAAGAUCUACAUUUGGAAUCGGCGAAAUUAUGAGCCAGUUGAGAUUCUAUCUGGUCAUUUAAUGAACGUGAACUGUGUUACUUGGAACCCAAAAAAGCCUCACAUGUUAGCAUCGGCAAGUGAUGAUCGAACCAUCAGAAUAUGGGGGCCAAGGGGAAGAAAGAAUUUCUAAGAAUCCUUGUUUCGAUCAGAACAGAGGUUUGGACUUUGUGAAUCGUGUAGAUAGAACUUGGUAGGUUUUCUCCUUAGAAUCUGUCUUACAUCAUACGCAUCUUUGUCCGAGUUGUUUGUAAAUCUGAGUAUGUUGUUUUUCCUGUUUUCAUUUUUAUUCUCUCUUCACAUCAAAUUUUGUUAGCUCCUUGUAAAUCUAUAAUGUCUCCUUUUUAAAAAAAAAAUAAAUAGGAAAAAGAGUAUAAUGUCUCCUUGAAAUGGCAUGUCUAUGUUGCCGAGAUUUUUGUUGCACGAUUUUGUAGCACCGUUUUGAUGCAUUGUCUGGUGACAUUUUUCU